AUGGCGACAGUUGCGUUGCUGUACAAGGGAAUGUGGUGGCUGUGUGCCAGGACGUUGCUCAAGAAGCUCUUGGUCACUUCGCCGUCCGGGAGUGUCAAUCGAGACUUUGAGCAGAUUUUCCAGCACACGGUGGGCGUCCAGCGCUUAAAAAGCAGAUACUUGCAGACUCUGUGUAGUUGUGGGCGACUUCUUCAUGGUUCGUCGGAUGGCAAAGCAAAGCAAGUGUAA